CGCGCAGAAUGGCGGCCGCGAGGCAGCCGGCGCGGUGCUCCCUCGGCGCGGUUCGCCGGAGCAGACUUUUGCUUACGGUUUGAGCCGCGGCCCGGUAGGUUGACUGAGCGGCUGGUGCGUGUGAGGCGGUGCUGGGCGGGGUUGGGUCGCCACUGCGCGAUCCGGCCCCAGUCUCGGUUACGUAGACGCCUAGUCAGCACGUGCCGCCGCGGGGACUCACCCUCCCCCGACGCAAAAGCUCCCUCGCUGUGCCCCUCCGGACUGGAUGGGGCCGCCUGGGCAGCGGCUGUGUGUGAGAAGCAGAUGGUUUCCCGAUGGGCAGACGCCUCGUGCGCCUCACCCUGCAGCGCGGCUGGCUCGCAGCUCGGAGGUUUCCUCUGGGCGCGGGUUGGCUGGCUGCACUGUCGGUGGCGGUGGCGCCUCGACUGGCCCCGCGUAACAAGGCCCUGGCAGGCUCAGCGGUGCAGCCCUCCCCUUUCGGAGCGGCUCCCGCCCUGCUGUGGAGCUGCGGCGUGUCGGUUGUGAUGCGCUUCUAGCCACCGAGCGGUCGUGCGAAUCCUUGAGUGGAGGCGCGAUGCGCCGCGCCCCGCGAGGCCGCCCGUACUGGGCCGGCCCGCGGCUUGGCGCCGCGCGAGGGCUGCGGCUCUGACUAGAGCCGCGCUCCGUAACAUGAUUACGACACGUGUCCUUGGCUUUGUUGGCCUUGGAGUGAGCACUGUCGGUCAGACUCUGGGCGGCCGCGCGCGGUGGUCUCUUGUCCCCUCCGGAGACGGAGGGCUCUGACUCGGACCGCGCGCGCUGGUGUGCCCCUGUCUGGUCCGGGACUUCCGUUGUGGGAGGGGGUCUGGUCUCCGACUGGGCUCCCUCCCCGCGGGUUGUCUGCGGGCUACCUGGUUGAUCCUGCCAGUAGUCAUAUGCUUGUCUCAAAGAUUAAGCCAUGCAUGUCUAAGUAUAAGCGACUAUACUGUGAAACUGCGAAUGGCUCAUUAAAUCAGUUAUGGUUUAUUUGAUGGUACCUUGCUACU